AGUUUAAUUUUAAACUUAAAAAAAAAUGAUUUCAAGUGACUUUCAUUAUUCGCACUUUUAUAAGUUUUGAUUUUUCGAUUCUAGAAUUACAGAUCUAGAUUCUAGAUCUAGAUUUUCUAGAUCUAUAUCUAUGUUAUGUGUUUUUCAACAUUUCAACAUUUUUCCGAUUAAAAAUGUCUUCAUAUUGUCGGCGGCGCUUUGUUUCUAAGUUAUUUUUUCAAAACUUUGGUAAACUUCAACCUAAACCAAAGUCAGAGAGAAGAGAUCAAGACACAGGAUUAUCCUGUAACAGUCAUAAGUUGAUGUUGUAUAAUGAUGUUAUAGCCCAAAGCCAUAGUGGAGGCUUCCACCUGCUGCCCCUGGGCCUGAGGUCUUUAGAGAAGCUGACCAGACUGGUGGAUGAAGAGAUGCAAGCCAUUGGGGCACUCAAGAUAUCACUUACCACUUUAGCACCAGAGGCUCUUUGGAAGCAGUCAGGGAGGUUGACAGAGGCUGGAGCUGAGUUGUUUACACUACAGGACAGGCACAAGCACAACUACUGUCUGGGACCUACCCAUGAAGAACUGGUUACCAAAUUGAUGGCUAACAUUAGCCAGGUCUCCUACAAGUCUCUACCUGUCAGACUAUAUCAGAUCUCCAGAAAAUUCCGGGAUGAAAUGGCACCAAGAAACGGUCUUCUGCGUGGCCGAGAAUUUGAAAUGAAAGACAUGUACACAUUUGACACAAGUGAAGAGACAGCUCUAGAAACCUACCAAACUGUGUGUACAGCUUAUGACAGGAUUUUUGACAGACUAGCACUUCCAUACACCAAAGUGUCAGGUGCCACAGGUAUGAUUGGAGGAGAUCUGUCCCAUGAGUAUCACUAUCUGGCUGCUAUAGGACAGGACUCACUUCUUCUGUGUCAGAGGUGCGGGGUACAGAUGAAUAAAGAAAUGGCUGUAGAUGGCCAGUUGUCCAAUGUUUGCCAACUAUCGGCCCAUGAGUGUGAGCUACAGGAAACAAAAGGAAUUGAGGUAGGCCACACCUUCUAUCUAGGCACCAAAUAUUCUUCAAUCUUCCAGGCUACAUACAGGUCUCAGGACUCUAAGCUGAUUGAGUACAGUAUGGGCUGCUAUGGACUUGGUAUGACCAGGAUCCUGCAAGCCGCUGUGGAAAAGUUGUCAACAGAAACCAGUCUACGCUGGCCACGGAUCAUCGCACCCUUCCAGAUCUGCAUCAUCCCUAAAAAGGAUGGAACAAGAGGAGACGAGUACCUGGCAUUGGCUGAGGACCUGAGUGACACACUGACCCAGCAGCGUCACCUGAGGGGGGAGGUGGUCAUUGAUGACAGGAUGACACUGACCAUUGGCAGGAGGCAGGUAGACGCUGACAGAAUGGGCUACCCCUACAUCAUUGUAGUAGGGGUCAAGGCUCUGCAGUCUGAAUCAGAAUUUGAAUUGAUUGAUAUCAACAAAGGGGAGACGCACUUCAUGAGCAGAGAGCAGCUCAUCUCAUUUGUGGGGAGCAUAGACACCAUUUGAUGCUGGCUGAGAAUAAAUUGUUUGCUUACCAUCUUUCUAA